AUGGCAAACUUAAAUGGUCACCUUCUUCAAGAAGGAUUUGGUGCUGAAAGGGUCCUUAAAACUAAAGCUGAAUGGAAUACAGAGGACUAUAAACUUAUCUCCUUGAAUGCCAAGGCCAAAAUUACUUGUGAAGGAACCUCACAGGUCAAGGAAUCUAAAAUUGACAUUCUUAUGCAUCAAUAUGAAUUGUUUCAUAUGAAUGAAGAUGAGACUAUUAGUGCAAUGUUUGUGAGAUUUACAGACAUCAUUAAUGGCUUGAAACAUCUUGGCAGAACUAUGACUAACUCUGAUCUUGCAAGGAAAAUUCUAAGAAGCCUACCCCAAAAAUGGGAUGCAAAAGCAACGGCAAUCAAAGAAGCUCACAAUCUCAACACACUUGAAUUGGAUGAACUUCUCAGCUCUCUUCUCACAUAG